UUUGCUGAUAAAUAUACUAAAGAAUUUCAAAAUAUUCUCACAAAAUAUAAUGAUGGAUUAUUACAGCUGAACAAAAAAUUUUAUUCCUUAAGGAAUAUUGUUCAAGAAAAUAAAGAGUUGGAAGUUAGUCUUGAAAUUGAAAAUAUUCUCAAGUUGGAUUUUUUUAAUCUUGAUAAAUACAAAAUUUUUAAAUUUGCUACCAAUUCUCAGGAAGGGACCAGAACUCAAUUAAAUUCUAGCAUGAUGGCGGAAGAUAUAGAUUCAUUAAGAAAGAAUUUGAAUAAAUUGAAAUCAGAAAUAAAACAAGAAAAAAAAGAAUUAAAAAAUUUAGCAACAGAUUAGAAU